UAAAUUAAUAAGAGAAAAAGAGAAAAAAAAAUUGGAUUUACCUCUUUUUAUGACAGACACUAAAAGAUUUUAUUUGUGAUUAUUGUGUGUGUGGUGUUAAAGCUCUCCUCUGUGUCAGGACAUGACCGGGUACAAGCCGAAGGUGAUUUCUCUAACCAAGAGGCCGGGUCAGACGUUUGGCUUCUAUCUGAGGGUGGAGCAUGGCGAGGAGGGUCACCUGAUCCGCUGCCUGGAAAUGGGAGGUCCAGCUGAACUGGCUGGCAUGAAAGAUGGAGACCGCGUCCUCCGGGUCAAUGGAACAUUUGUUGAUGAACUGUCCCAUUCGCAGGUGGUGGACACGGUGAGAAACGGUGGAGCGUCCGUUACGUUCCACAUCCUGGAUGAGGCCUCCUACAAACAAGCAAAAGCACAGGGAGUAAACCUGUCCAACCCUCAAACCUCACCAGUUGCCAAUGGUGUGACCACACAGGUUCCAAAACCCAAACUCUGCUACCUGGUCAAGUCCAGCUCAGGCUAUGGGUUUUCUCUUCGCUCAGUCAAAGGUGAGCAGGGUUUGUUCAUGACAGAUGUGAUCCCAGGAAGCGUGGCUGACAGAGCUGGGAUCAAAGUCAAUGACCGUCUGUUGGAAAUCAACGGGGAGAACAUGGAAGACUCCACACACGAACAGGCAGUGGACAAGAUCAAGCUGGCAGGUGGCAGCAUAAUGUUCCUCUUGGUUGACGAUGAAACAGACAGGUACUAUCAGAACAAGCGCAUGAAGAUAGGAGCGUGGUUAGCCACAGCCAAGUACCUCCCUCGCAAGCCACGCAUCAGCAACAUGACCAAAGGACCUGAUGGAUACGGCUUCUUACUCAGAGAGGAGCCCAACCAAACAGGACACUUCAUCAAGGACAUAGACAGAGGCAGCCCAGCCGAAAGAGCAUGUCUGAAGGACAUGGACAGACUCGUGGCUGUGGAAGGCAAGGAGGUGGAGGGCUUCAGCCAUGAGCAGGUGGUGGACAGGAUCAAGCAGAGUGGCAACAAAUGCUGCCUCCUGGUGGUGGACAAAGACACAGAUCAAAUGUAUAAGCAGGGCAAAGUGUCUCCUAUGCUUUUCUGGGAGGAGAUGAGGGAUGCUAACUCACCACCCAGUUACAAAGAGGCCAUGAGCAUACCCGCUCCUGUCCGACCAUCCACACCUGUUCAGGAGAGGAAAGAGGAGCUCAAGCCUAAACUCUGUAAGAUGGAGAAGACCUCAGCUGGAUACGGCUUUCACCUUAACGGCAUCCAAGGCGUGUCUGGACAGUACAUCAAGGAGGUGGUGAAGGGUGGAGCGGCAGAGAGGGCAGGCCUGGAGGACGACGACAUUGUGGUGGAGGUGAACGGGUUGAAUGUGGAGCAGAGCAGCCAUGAGGAGGUGGUGGCAAUUAUUCGCAGGAGUGGCAGCUCUCUGGAGAUGCUGGUGGCUAAAAAGAGCAUUUAUGACCAGCUCAAAGCUAAAGGAGUGACUAUCACACGCCUGCUGCUUGGGGAAACAUCCUAUGUUCAAGUCCACACGGCAGAAGCUCCAGAGGAGAGACAUCAUGAGGAGGACAGACCUGAAACCACAACUGAAAUAUCAAGAGAGAGAACCCAAACUGCGUCAUCAUCUUUAUCUCAGGAAAGUUUCGAUGAGAGACUCUGAGCAGCCACCUUAAGGACACGCUUCCUGAUCUGCCCUUUGUCAAUCUAAAGUUGAUCCAUUUUGUUUUAAUCAGCUCUGUGGGCUUCACUUCUUCCAAUUAAGAUCAUAGAAGAGACAUAUCUACUGUAUCUUUGAAUCAAAGAAUAGCAACAUCAACUGUAUGAGAGGGCUGAAAACACAAACGUCUUCCUGAAAACAGUUAAAACUACAGCAUACAGACCUUAAGCUAACACUACCAGUGUUGCCAGU